UGAAUUACACUGCAAAGUUUAAUUCUAAGAAUUAAGGGUUUAUUCAAAUCCAUUGCAUAUUCAAGGGACUUUUUGUCACUGAUUUGUCAAAUCGUUAGAACAAAAACAUUAGACAAAUAUCUGUAAAAAAUGUGUUAAGCUGGAUUAUUGAGACUAGUAAUUUCUGAAACCCUUUGUCACAGAAAAUCAAAUCCACAAAGAAUAGAAUUUUAAAAGAUUACAGAAAUGCUUAGUUAUAUCACCACAUUUCCAUCUGAUAAACAGUCCAACCACCAAUCACACAUUUGCUCUCAAAAUAGUAUGUUUUCAGGCGGUUGACUAAGCUAGCUGUGAUUGAAUUUCUCAGUGCUCUUUGCUUCUAUUCUGGCGUAUAAUGAGUUGUAUAAUGAGAUAUUAUGCAAAGCCCCUUCUCCAGCCACCAACAGGGCGCUUCAAGCUGUUCUUAGUUAAAAUAAAAAAUAACACACAUUUACCAUUGCAUUGUUUUAUGUAACUUGCUUCUAAAAUGAUUAUUUAAUUUCAAAAAUACUUCCAGAUACAAACUUGAUCAAACUUCUUAGGCCCUGUAAGGUAAUCUCAGAGUCAGCCUUUACUAAAUUUCCCUUUUUUUUCCCCUUCUUUUGUUUUAUGGAUGGGCCCCCUCUCCAGACCCAAUGAGUAUAUGCCAUAGAAGACCUUAUUGGACCCCAUUUGGCACAUCCCUGAUUACACAUGCAGUAUUUAAUUUUUAGGCCUAAAGCUGUUUCCCAGUGCUGAAAAGAAUGUUGUGGGAAAUGUAACAGAAGCUUUUUUUCUGUAAGGUGAGAGCGCUCACAGUCACUUGCUUCCUUCAGUGCUCUCGUUCCCCUGUUUUUCUGUCUAAGCUUGAUAAUUAACAUUCCUUUAGUGUGUUUAACAUUGUUUGAUGGCUGAAACAACCCUUUAGUGUGCAGUAACAAUCAAAAAUAUGUCAAUUACAGUAUUAAGCAAUGCUUUUUUACAAUUUGAAGCAUAAUAACUCACAUGGCAAGAGACCAACUUGUGUCAUGAAUGCUAUUCUUUGUUAUUGUAUGAAUCUUUCUUUCUCUUCUUCUUCUUUUUUUUUCAGAGAGAGGAGGCCCAAUUGUGACUUCAGGCAUCUCAUUAGCCUACCUAUGCAGGAGGUAGUGUGCUCGAAUGCUCUGUAUGUCCUCAGGUAAAGGUUUCUCAAGGUUUCCCUCAACUGUCUGAUUGUUUUGGCUCCAUGCUCUGUGUUCAAAUGCGGCUCUGAGCUGCAGUGUAGAAAGCACCUAAAUUAAUUUGCCAGCUGUGGUGGAGAGACAAGGCUGGAAUGAUGAAAAGCAUGCAUUUCCUCCCGCUGUUGGAGGACAGCAGAGAGAGAGGGGGGGAUCGUGAAAAGAAAGCAAAAUGAAGGAUCCAUAUGCGCCUCACAGGGUGUGAAAAAGGGAGGAAUGCAGCCUCUGAUGGGCACACGCUGACAGGAUUAAGAAAAGCUGUGAUAUUUAAUGUGACACUGUAAGAAUGUAUUGUUUGUAUAGUUUUAAUGUGGAGUACAAGUAUGUUGUAAGUUUCAGAGACAAAGAUGAUAGAUAGAUAGAUAGAUAGAUAGUCAGCAGAAUUAGUGUUAAUCUGAGAAGAAAAUCUAACUUAAAGUAACUUUUUUUUUUUUUUUGAGGCGACAUGGGUUUUCAGUUAAGGUAUGCUGGUCUAGCAGUUUGGGCUGUUGUUUAAUAGGACCUGUGCGAUAAGUGCUACCUCUCAUCCUGUUCAAAAGAUCUAAAAUAGUGCUAAUUCAGUAGUAUGGCUUGACAAAAAAUUGUUCCGGGCUCAAUAAAAGUUGAGCGCUAUGAUUACAAAACAAAUAUGACUUGUCCUUCAGUUUGAAAAACAAGCACAUGCACUUAAAAUUUCUCUAUGGGUAAAUGCACCUCACUGGGAUAAAAAUUACAAAACAUACUUUUUUAGAAGUAUAGCAAUAAGUGUUAGAAACUAGUGUGAUAAAAAAUACCAACACAAUGUCAUGACAAUUGUAACUUACAAAUACAUUUUGAUAAAAUGGUGUAACACAUCGAACUCAGAGACAAGCGAGAGAUCUAAAUGCUUAAGUUUUAUUAAAGUAAUAUCAAAAUACAAAAUGCAUAGUGGGUUCUCUGUGAACCCACGAUUCAUGCAAAUUCACUCCAGCAGCGAACAAUUGGGCAAUUGCCCAUGCACGGUUUGUACCUGAUCUCUGAUUAUUUUUAUAAAAAAAACCCUCCCUUCAGAGCAUCUCCGAAGCAUCUCCGAAGCCACGCCUCCUCCAAAUCACAUGAAUGCACACAGCAGAUUCUGCAAAGCAUCACGAGAGAUGGAAAUACACUACCUCAUGUCUCAAAGCACAUAACAUUACAAUAAUAAUGAAUGUAAACAACUUACAGAGCUCUUACUUGUACCACCUGACUGCUGCAGAUUAAUUUCUGAGGAAUUUCUGAGUCUGAGGAAGUCUGAGUUUGUGUUGCAUUUACACUGUUUUGACUAGCAAGCGUCACUAGCGUGUGGUGUUUCGAAAGUUCUGAAACAGUGAAUCAUUUUGCGAAGCAAUUGGUUUGUUGAAAAGCUCCCAUCCAUCACAAUCUCAUUCGUAUAUUUUUAUAUGAUCUCUUUACUCGCCAGUAUACCUGCACAAUUAAUGGUUAAAAGAUCACAAUCUCGAUUCAAACACCCACACAACCUCAUUCCUAAAUGACAACGUCAGUUAAACCUUUGACAAAAUCACAACGGAACAUUCAAAUCUGCUUUGGCGCUGCCGCUGACCCAGAGAGACCCGUUAUCAUGUAUAUAUGAAACAGUUAUUUCAAUGUUACAAAUAUUCAAAUUAUCACAGAAAUACUGGGAUAAAAGUUUAAAGUUUGGAUAUAAACACUGAUGUCUUCGGAAGACAUCAAAAUAGAGCAAAUCACCUUUUGAAAAUAACUUUGUUUCACAACUAUUGUAUCAUUACAUCAUUACGCCACUAGGUAGCGACAAGUGCCUGUUAAAUAAUAUAUUUUUCAUUGAAUCAUUAAUUCAAGAGAUGGACUUUCAUGUUAACUUUCUAAAAAUCAUGUUCAUGUAUGAUUGACAUCGAAUUCAUACGAAAAUGCCACCUCGUAAAAUAGUUGUUUUCCCGUAAGAACAGGUUGACUGUACCCUUAUAUAUAAUGCACUAUUUGAGGAAGCAGUCAUUUGUUGUUGUGUCCGAAGCCAUAGUGGACAUUAUCAAUUGCAGUCAUUCAUUUCCAAAAUGUAGUUCAAUUAAGAGUGUGUAACCAAUGUAAUACCCGGUGAAAAAAUACGGUGUGCCAUCUUACAAUAAGAUGGCAUCAAUGGAACUUCCGGCACACUUGGUGUCCGAAUUCACUUACUGGUUUUCAUUCACUCAUUCAGAAGAAUAUAUUAGUAGAAUAAUGUAUAAAAUAGUGAAUGGGGGUGUAGGGGGCAUUUUUGUAUACAGCCUUACACUCUCUUGUCUUAUACAAAUACAUCUGGCGCCAUCUUGUGUCUCAGACAGUUAUCGAUUGUAGCAAAAAUGCUAGGCUGACUGUAGUGGACUAUUUUUUUUUUUUUUUAUUUGUUUGUUUGUUUGUUUUAGCAAAAGACUUACCACAAAAUACAGAUAAGAAAGUUUUCUCAAAUAUAGUAUAGUCGAAUAUUAUGGCAUUAUCGAAGGGCUCACUGUACAUAAAUCAUCUCUUACCCCUGCUGAAGAAAAAAAAAAAAGGUAGAACCAGCGUAGGCUGGUCUUAGCUGGUUUAAGCUAGAAGUAACUGGUUUGAGCUGGUCUCCCAGGCUGGUUUUAGCUGGUCUCACAGCUUGACCAGCUAAGACCAGCCUGGCCAACAUAAAAAAAAAGUGGUCAAAACUCCUCUAAAACCAGCCAACCACUUAGGCAUGUAAAACUGGAUACAAGAAUACCAGAAUACCAGGAAGGAAAUAGAAAUUUCGCAUUUCUGCCCUCUAGGCUUCCAUUGUCAAUACAUUACUGAGGGACAAGUCAAAAUUAUUUUCUGUUGCAACAGACAAAAACAGAACCGCAGAAAAAUGAAUCGUCCUUCAGUUUGUAAAAAUGAAAAUCUGGUUUUGAGCCUAGAACCUUUCAUUCCUUUACCCGAGGUUACAAAAUGAGCAUAAUUAUAUUGUGCCUUUUUGACAGUGAACUUUCAUGAUACUCUUUCCCAUUAAUUUAUUCAAUGACUAGUUGAUUUGAUUAAUAUUUUGCAAACAAUAGUUUUGUCACUGGCAAUUAGUCUCUCAUGCAUUAAUUAUGCUUUAGAAAAUAAGCUCUCGUGGCCUUUUAAAAGUUCAUGGAACAACAGCAGGAGACAGAACAGAAGGGGAAAUGAUAAACAGAAUGUGAAUGUCUGAAACCGAAAAGGAGUGUGAGUGGGACACACUGAGGUGAACAUGUCAUUAAUGUGUUCGAAAGUGAGAAAACAGAACAAUGAGUAAGAGAAGAGUGGAGUUAGAAGAAAGCAAAGUGCAGGCACCAGGAGAAAGAGAAACAUCGGGAAAGAAACAACUUCAGCUACAGAUCAGGAAGCACAGGUAAUGGAGGAAGAGAGGGGAUGGAUGGAAGCCAAGUCUCUCAGCAUUCCCUCCCCCUCUACGGGCCAGUUCAGAGGAGGAGUGUAGGUGGGAGUUAAGCACUUCUCCAGAUGUAGUUGACUGCUGCUCCUGAAGUCUGACUUUCUCCAGAUAAGCCUCCAUCCUUUAGAGCUCCCAACAGUUCCUGCUCAGUCAAGUACAGGGAUAAACAAAAUUACGGAACUUUAACAAGUCAUCUGCAAACAAUUACACACUUCAGCUUCACCUGUAACGUUUUCUCAGCAGGAAUCUUGAGGUAAGACGCAAUAUUUGUUCCAAGGUACUCAAGUUGAGAUCUGUCUCAGCAUCUAAUUAUCACAAAUAGCAUGCCAUUUUUUUUUCUCUUCAGAACUUUCUUGGUCAUAAAUAUUUCAGUGCAUAUUGAAAAGUUCACUGUAGUUCCCCUUGGACAUUAGGGGGAACUUAGUGGUUUCAUUAGAAUCUGAGUUUUAUCCUAUUCAAAUAAAUUCACAUAAAUUUUGACUUAUGACCUUGCAUAUUAAGUGGAACUGAAGCCUGAGCAAAAGUUAACUUCAAAAGAAGUGUUGAGGUUUGAUGAUCUUUUAAAUAGCUUUGAUAUAAUUAUGUAUGAAUUUAGUUAAUAUUUCAAAAGUGAAGGGAAUCUCCGUAUUGAGAUCCAGGGCAAUCAGCCUGUAUUCCACAGUAAUUCAAGCCACCAAAGAUCAAUUUGAAUUAAUUUCAACAUAAAUUAUGCCCUCAAAAGUCAAAACAGAACUAAUUUGUAUAAAACUUUAAUAUUACUAGAGACCCUAUCAUUUGCAAGAUAUAGUAAACUUAUGAUUAUGCUUUAUUGCAUAAGCUGCCACUAAAUCCUUUAUGCAGGAAAGAGAAAUAUUAAUGUAAAACAUGAGUGUAGAGGUGGAGUGCAAGUAGUUUUCCGUGAAACAGCAGUUAGGCCAAUCAUAAUGCAUUCAAAUACCAAUCCAGAAAAUACUGGAUGUAAAUUGCUGGGUUUAUUUACAGGACCAUGUAAAUAUUCAUUCAGUCGGUAUCCUUAGUUAUCCUUCCACCAGCUGGACGCAGCAUGAAAGAGACAGGAAUGCAUCGAGAAUAAAAUUGUCCAAAAUGGUCUGAGUCAUCAUGGGUCAUCAUCGGGCCUCUGUCAGAUGAAUAAAUCAUGCCUGACGUUUCACCUUUUUGGCCGCUCUGCACUAAACAGCACAUUUAAGCAAACCCAAGCUGGCAGAAAAGUAAUAAAAAUGCAAAACAGGCAUUUCUGUGUCUCGAAAUCUAAACAUUCUUGUAUUUAGGAAGUGCAACACUUGUCUUCUUCCUCUUAAAUGUAGUUUAUGUAAUUAAACUGUGGAAGAGUUGCCAGGUUGUGGUAGGAAACCCAUGCAAUGCUCUUCCUGACAGACAUUUGAGCAAAUGUUUUGUGUAAAUAACAUACCAACAUAUAGGUAUGUACAACACUCUAAAUAUUCAUAAAUAUGUGCAGUAAUUAUAAUUAGUGAAAUUAGGUCACACUUCACAAUGUCUAAAGAUUAAUAAUAAUAUAUAACUUCAUUUUAUAUUGUGUAUUGUCACAUGGCAAUUAAAAAGCUUCGAGGAGACAUUCAACAUCAAUGCAACAUAAAUUCAAAUGUUUUUAGAAACAUUUGAAUUUGUGUUUUACUUCAUUUUAACUGUCAGUUAUUUCUAGCUUUUGCAAUUAAAAUUGUAGCCUGAUUGCUGUUACUUGAUUCGUAUCAACAAAACUUACAUUGUACUGUAUGUGAUGUAAAACUGCUUUGCAGUCACACUCUUCCUAAACCAGAUAAUGGCAUGAGAGGGACAUGGCUCCCGUGGGUGUACCUACUCUCCUGAUGUUGGCAGCUCUGUAUAUGCUGCUCAUCUUGCCCUCAUGCUGCCUGUAUGCGUGCCCAAGGUCCUGCAGUUGCCCCAGCCCUAAGGAAGUGCACUGUACCUUUCGUCACCUCCCCUCUGCCCCACGAAACCUACCCCAGGACACAGAGAGACUCAACUUAGGCUAUAACAGCAUUGGCACGAUUGGGACUUCAGAUUUUGUGAACCUACGGCAAUUGGAAAUGCUCAUGGUUCAUGGAAACGAUAUUUCCUCUGUGUCUUCCGGAUCCUUUUACCACCUCCGUUCCCUCCAGAUACUCAAGUUGAGCUACAACAAACUCAAAAGAGUUGACCCCAGUUUGUUUGAGGGGUUGACAAGCCUUGUACGGCUUCAUUUAGACCACAACCACAUUGACUUCAUUGAGCCCUUUUCAUUCAAUGGACUCACAUCAUUGAAGCUAUUGCAACUGGAGGGGAACAGACUGCAGGACCUCCACUCUCACACAUUUAUUACGGUCUCAGUCCUGGGCACAUUUUGGAGCUCAGGACUGCGGCACCUGCACCUGGCAGACAACCAACUAGAAUACCUGCUGCCUGGAACUCUGCAGCACUUACACAGGCUGGAAGUCCUAUCCCUGCAUGGAAACCCCUGGGCCUGUGACUGCCACUUACAAUGGCUCUUGGAGUGGGACAAAAAUCAUGAGGGAGUUAUUAAGUGCAAAAAGGACCGUGACUCUGGAGAUGCUAGCAACUGUGCUGCAUGUGCCUCACCACAGCCUUUGAAUAACAGCCAGAUCUUGCAGCUUUCAACCAAUCAGCUCACCUGUGACCGACCCUCCGUUCAGUCUCCUCUAAAAAUUGGAGAGAGUAGCGUGUGGGAAGAUCAGGAGCCAGAUUCACCCUACAUCAAGGACUUGGAGCGUCCUCUUGGCCACCUGACCUUCAUUCUCUCUGACAGUCAUGGGAAUCGGGCACACGUGGCUUGUAAUGUAACACGCCCUGUUGAAGACACCUCCAUGGUGUGGGAACCAGUGAGGAGAAAAGAUGAGAUUGCUGUAAAUGUGACUCUACGUACACUGUUAGAGUGUGAGAUCGAUAGAGAUGCUCUUCAAAACCUUUGGAGGUUAGUUGCCUACUACUAUGAGAGCCCGGCUAUUUUGGAACGGGGAACCAUACUUGGAAAUUCUUCCAAGGUGACUUUUCAAUACUCUCAAGCCACAACUGAGGAAUCACCAUAUUUUACAGAGCUCAAAGGACACUUGAUGGCUGAACCAGCCUGGCUUUUACAACCAAGGGUCACCCUUCAGCUGAACAGGCGCAAAACCACAACUAAAAAACUGGUGCUGAACUUCUCCACUUUUAUAUCAAAGAACAUCAUUGGAAGAGGGGAUGAGGAGGAUGUGGUCUCCUCCUGGGCUAUGAUCCAAAGAGGAGCCCCAGGAAGAAUCCAGUCAGUACUAGAACACUCUGAAGUCAGUCUGGAUUGUAGCGUGCUCAGCACAGGGAAUCAUCCUGUGGAGUGGAUGCUUCCAGACUUAACAACAGUGGAUCAAACUGAUUCCCAUAAAUUAAGGUUGGAGAAUUACAGGCUAGUAAUCAAAAAUGCAAGUAUAGCAGACUCUGGACUUUAUCAUUGCUUUGUGAGGACCGACACUAAUGUAGACAUCGUCUCCUAUAGACUCACAGUCAGGAUGCGUCUCUUAAGUCCCAGUGAUUUAAAUGGAAAGAAGAUAUCUGUGGAGAAUGGGGACUCUCUUAGUCUUCCCUGUUUAGUAACGUCUCCUCAUCCAAUUGAGACAAGAUGGUAUCUACCAAACAAUCAGAUUCUCAAAGCAUCAGGCAUGAAAGGAAGGGUGUACGCGUCACAGAACAACACUUUGAUAAUCAAAAAACUGACUUACGAGGAUGCUGGAGAGUAUAGCUGUUUAGCAGCUAACCUCUAUGGGGCUGAUAUGUUGUCUCAUCUAAUUGUUGUUACUGGUGAAAAGGAAGAAGCACAAAAAGGUGUUACGGUAGCUAAGGGCGAAUUACCGCUUUUUGAGAGUGAGGACAGCGAAGGGUCAGGAUAUGAAGAAAUCAAACGACCAACUGCUAAACUAACACCUCAGAGGGUCAGUGGAAAACACAGAGGUGGCAUUGUCCGGCAAAAUGCAAAAGAAAAGAAAAUAAAGGAGAGUGUGAGAAAACCGAAUAACUCUGUCAAAGAGCUUGACCCCAGCCGCUGGGAGCAGAUUCUUGCAAAAGCUAAUGCUAAACUCUCAACAUUACCACCAGUUACAAUGCAACUAGAAAUUACUAAAACUUCAAAAACAGUGACAGAGACUUCAAUGGCUACAACCACCACCCCUCCGUCAGCUGACACCAUUCAAACCACUCAAACAGAUGUUACAGCGAGCAGUACAAGCAUAAGUUCAAGCGUACACAAUUUCAAUGUGAAACAGCUGGAACAGCCACCCCACAUUUAUCACGUAAAACAAGAAACUACACAUGUAGAAAAAUCAAAUAACAAGACAAAUGAUUAUAACAUUUCAGAUUUGACUUACAUAGACUCAACAACGGUACCUGAACCUGAGACACAGCUGGUGAAACAAGUAGACAGACACACAAUAGAAGAGAAAAUAAGGGUUAACAAUAAUUCCAUCUGGAACCAAAGACGAAGAUUCCCAUAUAGGCAUCGUAGGCCUCCAUCACGUAGACCACGUCCAAAAAGACCAAAUUUCACUCUAGCUCCCACUACAGCAGUACCAUUCACUCAAUCUCCAGUCAAGACGGAGACUGCUAACUCUUAUUCUCCUGCCCAAAACAAAACAUCAAUGACUUUAGAAGUUUCUCCUACUCAUUAUUCAGUAAUUGAAAGAAUAGCCAUGACAGUCACAGAGGUACCUAUAACAACAUUCAAGAAAAAGGAGAAGCUUACAACACCUCUGCAAGAAACUGAAGUAGUUCCUGCUACACUUGCUCCCAGACAGAUUAACAGAUAUGGGCAUGAAAACAGAGAUAUAAUUUUUAGAACUAAUAGCCACCCAAAUGGCGAUAAGACAAGGCAGAUUUCAGCAACAGCCAUCCCUAAUCUUCAAACCAGCAACACAAAUCCUUCAGAGUCAAAAAGAGCACAUACGACUGAGAAACCAACCUUAACUAAUGUGAACAAACAGAAUGUUUACAAUUGGGGAAUGCAUCCUGAAGGUGUACCUAUUCACCCCUGGCUAAUCCAAAAGAAUACACCCAAAAAACAAAUCUCAGUUACUCCACAUCCCUACACUCAGUCUCCCUUCUGGGCCAAGAACUAUGGCAUUCCCUUCUGGCCCACAGUUCAUAGCUCAAGGCACCACCACUCCCAAGACAAAACUAGGUAUUUCCUACAAACAGGAGGCAGGGGUGCAGGGGUCACCAAUUGGCCUAAAAUCACUGCUCAAACAGCAAAGCCCACAGCUUACAUUUCUGGGCCAGCAACAGCUUCCUUUCCGAGAACCAUAGCUCCACAUGUCAGCUCGUCUCGUGUACGUGACCACUUACUUUUCAACAGGCUCAGAAACAGAUAUAGACAAUCACAGCUUGAUGCAUAUCGACAAGCACAGCUGGGAAAACUUGUCACUUCUAAGCCAAGGACAUAUCAUCCCACUCCACAGCCUCACCAAGCUCCAAAUGUCCCAAGCAUCUACAAGCCUGUGACUCCCCCAUCCAUACUAGCAUAUACAAACAAACCACCCUCCACAGCAAGCAUAUCAUAUGGUAGUCGCUGGCACUACAGCCAUUUUGGAGCAAAGAAAUUGAGCACUGCCAUUCCCUUUCCAAACCUGAUGGGCAGUGGCAUCAAACCCAGGAUUGCAGCAGCUGAAUCGGUUACUGUAUCUGCUCUAGCGGAGGCAGAUGUGCUCUUGUCCUGUAGAUCAUCCGGGGACCCCAAACCUGUCGUUUCAUGGACCAAAGUUUCAACAGGUGCAACAAUUCAGACAAACACAAAACUUGGACAAAGAUUUGAGGUCCUUUCAAAUGGUACUUUUGUGAUUAAGAAUGUCCAGCUGCAAGACAGAGGUCAGUACCUCUGCACAGCUCAAAACAAUUUUGGCUCAGACCGCAUGGUAGUUACCCUUGUUGUCCAGACUCAGCCUCCAAAAAUCAUUAGUUCAAGGGCCAGAGAUGUCUCAGUGUUUUUGGGGAACCCAUUCAGCUUGGACUGUAUUGCGUUGGGUAAACCAGAAGCUCAGAUUUCAUGGAUUCUUCCAGAUAGGACGUUUGUGCGGGACAUUGGUACCCUUGACCGAAGAAUAUCUCUUUUUCCAAACGGAACACUGAGUAUUCAUUCAGCAAAUUUUUCCAAUAAAGGUGAUUAUAAGUGUAUUGCCAGCAAUGCAGCAGGAGCUGAUACACUCACAUACCACAUUCGUGUUGCAGCUCUACCUCCAAUAAUUGUUGAGAUGUCAUAUGAGACUAUGUUUACGAAUGUUGGAAGAAACGUAUAUGUGGAUUGCACUGCUAAAGGAGAGCCAUUUCCUCUUAUUAAGUGGUAUAAAAAUCAUUAUAACAAUUAG